AUGAAGAAGCUAAAGAGCUAUUACACGCAUCUGAGGCACCACCAGUCCAUGGAGCUCAAAUGGAUCUUCCCUUUGGCCAUAGGCUCCAUCGUCUCUCUCUUCCUUCUCUUCCUCACCACGCUCACUUCACCUGACGGCACGCCUCUGCUUCCCUUCUACCGCUCCUUUUCCAUCUCCAGCUCCGUUUUCAUCGAAUCCAAGCUCCACCCACUGCCCGUUUCUUAUCUCCCGCCUCCUCCGCGCUUCGCUUACUUCAUCUCCGGCUCCAACGGCGAUGGCAAAAUGCUCAAGCGGACCCUUCAAGCCCUUUACCACCCUCACAACCGCUAUGUGGUUCACUUGGACCUUGAGGCACCGCCCGAGGAGCGUCUGGAUCUGCAGAAUUACGUUUCUACCCACCCCCUUUUUGUAAAGUUCGGCAAUGUGAAGAUGAUCACCAAGGCCAAUCUCGUCACUUACAGGGGUCCGACUAUGGUGGCCAACACGCUUCACGCUGCCGCUAUUUUGUUGAAGGAAGGCGGCGAUUGGGAUUGGUUUAUCAAUCUCAGUGCUUCUGAUUACCCACUUGUUACUCAGGAUGAUCUGCUGCACACGUUCUCAUACUUACCGCGCGAUCUUAAUUUCAUCGAUCAUACUAGCAACAUUGGGUGGAAAGAGUACCAAAGAGCAAAACCGAUAAUUGUAGAUCCGGGGUUGUAUAUGACAAAAAAAGCUGAUGUUUUUUGGGUUACACAGCGAAGGAGUGUGCCAACAGCUUUCAAACUCUUUACAGGUUCUGCGUGGAUGGCACUUUCUAAGCCUUUUGUUGAUUACUGCAUAUGGGGAUGGGACAACCUACCUCGAACUGUUCUCAUGUAUUAUGCAAACUUUUUAUCAUCUCCCGAAGGAUACUUCCACACCGUCAUUUGUAAUGCUCAAGAGUUCCGCAACACAACUGUGAAUACUGAUCUGCAUUUCAUAACGUGGGACAACCCUCCAAAGCAACACCCUCACCACCUCAACCUUGGAGACAUGCAAAGGAUGAUUGACAGCAAGGCUCCCUUUGCAAGAAAGUUUCACCAAGAUGAUCCAGUGCUUGACAAAAUCGAUUCUGAGUUGUUGUUUAAGGGUCCAGGUAUGCUUGUUCCUGGUGGUUGGUGCAUAGGAAGAAGGGACAAUGGGUCUGAUCCAUGCUCUGUUGUUGGUAACACUACAGUCCUCAGGCCUAGCCCUGGAGCAAAACGGCUAGAAGUUUUGAUCAGCUCUCUAUUGUCCAACGAGAAUUUCCGAUCAAAACAGUGCAAAUGA